AUGGAUUUCAUCGAAGAGGAGGACGAUUCAGAGGACGAGGAUUCAGAGGACGAGGAGAGGGUAUUCUUACCGUCUGUGCCGAAUAAAACGCAGGAAGGAUUGAAACGAAAUUUGGAAGGUCCAUUCGUGUGGCAAAUAGUUGACGCGAGAGACGUAUCGCAAGCGCGAAUGAACGACGAGAGGAAAGCGAACGAGUUAGAUUUUGACGACUUUGAGGAGGACAAAGAGAAGAGCACGAAUAGUAGGAGGAUGUUGAAAGUGACCGCAACGGAUGGGUACUCGGAAAUUGUCAUUCUGGAAAGACUUGGAUGGUCGAGCGUAGAGCGAGCGCGAGCUCGAUGGGAACGACAGUUGACGCCGGGGACGAAGGUUUUGGUGAAAGAUCUGAACGAGGCUACUUCUGGGGGUUCCGCUCUCGGGAGGACGAACGAAGACGUGGUUUUCGCGGAUACCGACGCGAAUUUCCAAAUUCUCGGCGGCCAAGUCCAGAAAUUGAAGGAGAAGUUUGAGAAGAAGAUGCGGAUGAAAGCGGCGAGCCGGUUCGCGGACGACGGGUUUUCCUUGGGAGAUGUCGGUAAAGCGCCAAAGUUUCAGCCGUUCGACGACGAGACGUGGAAACAGUUCGAGAAGGAGAGGAAAGUUAAAGAGGAAGAAUUGAGGAAGGAAAGAGAGGAGGCGGAGAGAAAAGAGAAGAUGGAAAGAAAGGAGAGGGAAAGAGCGGCGAGGAAAGAGUUGGAGAGGGAGCGACGACGCGGUCGCGCGGGAGAGCGCGAGGACGACGACGACGACGACGACGACGAAGAAGAACAAGAGGAAGAGGAGAUGCAACCAUCGAGAGCGAAACCGAGGCUUCCUCCGAAAAAAGGAGCAGUCACUGGUGCACCGUCGACACCUUCUCAGCCACUACCUGUCGCCGCAUCGAACCAACAACAAAAGCAACGAAGCUCGAAACCAGGAAACGCGCGCGGAUCGAACGACGAAGAGAAGAAUAACGCAAACGCGCUAGAAAAAGAGAAAGAACAACACGAAAUCCUGGCGAAAAGAGAGCGUUCCAAAAUUCUCAAACUCGCACGGGGACCUCCUCCGCCGCGAGAGGACGACGACUUUCGAAACAAAGGCGGCCGCGGAGGUCGCGGCCGAGGCCAACGAGGCGGAAAGGGAGACCGCGCCGACGAGACCGAAGACGACUCCCGCGAAACAAAAACGCUCACCUUAGACCAACUCCGAGCAAAAAAACUCGCCGAAAAGCUCGAUCGCGAGCGGUUCAUCAUGCCUCUCGGUUCGAUCAAAGCGUCGGAGGAGACGAUGAAAACGGGACGCUCGCAGUCCUCCGAAACGUCUAAUCGAAACCAACAAAAACACUCGCAGAGAGAAUCGCAGAACCUCGCAGCACAAAUAUUCAGCUUCGCCAGACCGACUCAAACCUCCGCGGAAAACGAGAGAAAGGAAGGCGAUUCGUAUUGA